AUGUCGUCGUCCAAGGGCCUUUUGCGACAGCUGGCUCAACGACAGGCCCUGUGGAGCAGCCCACUAUCACCGGCCUUUACACGGCAGACGGCGGGUCACACGGGCGUACUGUCCCCUUUUUCUUCAGCCUUCAAUUCCAUCUGGAACACCGGUAAUUCGCGAGCAUUGGCGUCGGUUGCAAGCAGCAGCAGCCAAUCCGUCAAGGACUUCCGAAACCGCCGUGAAAAUGCUCGGGCGAUGCCGAUCGGCGCCCGGAGCUCUCUUCUCUCUCAGAUCCCCAACCGCUUCUGCUCUGGCCACGCCAGACUCAACCGUAACGUGAAAAUGACCGACCGCGAUGUUCUCCCCGACAAUGUCAAGCCCAAGCACUACAACCUCUCCCUGAGGGACCUCGAGUUCACCAACUGGACCUACAAGGGAACUGUUACCAUCGACUCGGAAAUCACAAAGCCCACCAAGGAAGUUAUCGUCAACACUCUUGACCUCAAGCUCUCUCAUGCCAAGGUCUCUAUCGACUCCAAGACGGUGGAAUCCACCAGCUUCAACUAUGACGAAAAGGCCCAGCGUUCCACUAUCACUUUCGACGAGGAGCUCCCUGUUGCUUCCAAGGCUUCCAUCAUCAUCGAGUUCGAGGGUAUCAUGAACAAUGAGAUGGCUGGUUUCUACCGCAGCAAGUACAAGCCCGCCGAGACCCCCGCCGCCUCUGUUCCCCACGACGACGAAUGGCACUACAUGCUCAGCACCCAGUUUGAGGCUUGCGAUGCUCGCCGAGCUUUCCCCUGCUUCGACGAGCCCAACCUCAAGGCUACCUUUGACUUUGACAUUGAGAUCCCCUCGGACCAGGUUGCUCUUAGCAACAUGCCUGUCAAGGAGACCCGACCUUCCAAGGAUGGCUGGAACAUUGUCUCCUUCGAGACCUCUCCUGUCAUGAGCACCUACCUCCUGGCCUGGGCUGUUGGUGACUUUGAGUACAUCGAGGCUUUGACUGACCGCGAAUACAACGGCAAGAAGAUUCCCGUCCGUGUCUACACCACCCGUGGUCUCAAGGAGCAGGGUCGAUGGGCUCUCCAGCACGCCCCCAAGAUCAUUGACUACUUCUCCGAGAUCUUCGACAUUGACUACCCUCUUCCCAAGUCCGAUCUGAUCGCCGUCCACGAGUUCACCCACGGUGCUAUGGAGAACUGGGGUCUUGUUACUUACCGUACUACCCAGGUUCUCUACGACGAGAAGACCUCGGACCCCCGAUUCAAGAACGCUGUCGCUUACGUCGUCGCCCACGAGCUUGCUCACCAAUGGUUCGGUAACCUUGUCACCAUGGACUGGUGGGAUGAGCUCUGGCUCAACGAGGGUUUCGCUACCUGGGUUGGCUGGCACGCCGUGGACCACCUUCACCCUGACUGGCAGGUGUGGGCUCAGUUCGUCAACGAGGGUAUGGAGGCUGCCUUUAGCCUUGACGGCAUCCGCGCUAGCCACCCCAUCCAUGUCCCCGUCCGCGACGCUCUCGACAUCAACCAGAUCUUUGACUCUAUCAGCUACCUCAAGGGCUGCUCUGCCAUUCGCAUGCUUGCCAACCACCUUGGCGUUGAGACCUUCCUCAAGGGUGUCUCCAACUACCUCAAGAGCCACGCAUAUGGAAAUGCCAAGACUACUGCUCUGUGGGAUGCUCUCAGCCAGGCCUCUGGUAAGAACGUGACUGAGCUCAUGAACCCAUGGAUCUCCAAGAUUGGUCACCCUGUUGUGACUGUUGCCGAGGAGCCUGGUCAGAUCUCGAUCAAGCAGUCUCGCUUCCUGUCGACUGGUGAUGUUAAGCCCGAGGAUGAUACCACCACCUGGUGGGUGCCCCUGGGACUGGAGGGCAAGAAGGACCAGGCUGGCAUCGCUUCGCUGUCCCUGACCACCAAGGAGGACACCAUCCGUGACAUCGACGAUGACUUUUACAAGCUCAACAGCGGCGCCACCGGCUUCUACCGCGUCAACUACCCCCCUGAGCGUCUCGCUAAGCUCAGCCAGCAGCUCGACAAGCUCAGCACUGAGGACAAGAUCUCCAUCAUUGGUUCCACCGCUCACCUUGCCUUUGCUGGCAACGGCACAACCCCUGCGCUGCUUACCUUCCUCCAGGGCUUUGGCAAGGAGACACACCCUCUUGUCUGGCGUCAGGUUCUUGACUCGAUUGCUGGUGUCAAGUCUGUCUUUAAGGAGGACCCCGUUAUCAAGAAGGCCCUUGACAACUUCAGCCUGAAGCUCGUCGACGAGAAGAUUGCCGAAGUUGGCUGGGACUUCCCUGAGGGUGAGGACUACCUCACUGGCCUUUUGCGAAAGGACAUCAUUGGUGUUGCUGUUGCUGGCGGCCACCCUGGCGUUACCGAGGAGGCUCUGAAGCGCUUCGAGGCCUGGGUUGAGGACCCCGAGGCAAACCCCAUCCCUGCUCCCCUCCGAGUUGCUGUCUGGCGCGCUGCCAUCAUGAAGGACCCCGCCCGCACUGUUGAGAUUCUCAAGAAGGAGUGGUUUAACACCAAGUCCAUCGAUGGCAAACUCCUGUCCCUUAGCGUUCUCGGCAGUGUCGAGGAUGCCGAUCUUCUUACCAAGGAGAUUAUCCCCUUCAACUUCAACCAGUCUCCCCCCUCCAACGCCGUUCCCAGCGGAGACAUGCACGUCCUGGGCAACUCUGUAGCUUCCAACAUCAUUGGUCGUCCUCUCCAGUGGGAGUUCAUGAAGACCAACUGGGAUGCCGUUAUUGCCAAGCUCGGCAACCCCGUUGUCGUUGACCGAUACAUCAAGAUCAGCCUGGGUGCCUUUACUGAUGUUUCCGUCGUGGACGACAUUGAGAAGUUCAUGGCCGACAAGGAUACCAAGAGCUUUGACCGUACCCUUGGCACUGUCAAGGACAAGAUUCGCGGCCGUGCUGCGUACCGCGAGCGCGAUGCUGCGUCGCUCAAGGAGUGGCUGGGCGCAAACGGAUAUGCGUGA